GAGCUCCAUCGAUCCCGCUUUGUGUUUUGGUGGUGUAUAGGAUUCUCACUCGCCGGUGUGGCGAUGCAGCUGGACGCCGCCGCCGAUGGCGCCCUCGAUUCGUGGGCCCAGUUCUGCUCUCUCUCAGGAGAGCUCGUCGGCGGCGACGGCGAGCUCUCCGUGGGUCCGUGCCUCGCGCCCGUCAUUGCCGACCUCUGCGCCCGCGGCCUCGCCACGCUCCUUCGGGACUACUUCCUCCACUCCCUCGAGGAAACAUUUAGAAACAAUGCAGUCAAGAAUUUCUGGCAACACUUUCAUCCUUACUGCAAUUCCUCUGCAGUGGAUAGAACUAACUUCUGUGUUAAAGAACAUUGGCCUGAGGAAAUCUUAAGUACAGCACUCGAGGACAUAUGCAUGGAAAAGAGUUACCAGGAAAAAUGUGUUCUUGUUCUAGUACAUGCUCUUCAAUCAUAUGAGGACAGAACACCGAAAAGAAGAUCCGAAGCAGCAUAUUGUAGUUCCAGCUUAAUUCCUAGGUACCAACUAAUGGUAUCAUCAGUACUUCUGACGACACUACCCAUGAACUUUCCUGAGAUAUUGAAUGUCUAUUUCAAGAAGAAACUGGAAGAACUGAAUACUAUUAUGGCUGGAUCUUAUGAGAGUGACCAACUUGGCAGUAAUGACCUUUUUGAAAGGAGCAAUACCUCUGCUUGGCAUUCUGGAAUGGACAUUGAUGGUCAAGAAACAGUUGUUUCAGAAAAUAACUACUUGGUUAAGAACAUUGGAAAAGUUGUUCGUGAUCUUAGAUCUCUUGGUUUUACAUCAAUGACUGAAAAUGCUUAUUCCUCUGCAAUAAUCUGGCUUUUAAAGUCUAAAGUUUAUGAACUAGCAGGCGAUGAUUAUAGAAUUCCUGUCCUCGGGUGUGUGAAGAAGUGGAUUCGAGCUGUUCCUCUUCGAUUUCUGCAUGCUCUUUUAACAUAUCUUGGCGACUAUGUUGACUAUGACAGCGAAUCUUCCGGUCUCAAAUCACCAUUAGCCUCACGGCCCUCCUCCUUCCCAGGCAUUGGUGUUCCUUCUGAAGCCCUUGUGAGAUGGCACAUGCGCCUGGAGUAUUUUGCUUACGAAACCUUACAGGACCUACGAAUUGGCAAACUUUUUGAAAUAAUAGUAGAUUACCCUGAGAGCUCUCCUGCUAUUGAAGACCUAAAGCUGUGUUUGGAGUACACGGGUCAACACUCUAAGCUUGUUGACUCAUUUAUCUCGUCGCUAAGAUAUCGUCUGCUUACUGCUGGUGCAUCCACCAAUGAUAUAUUGCAUCAAUACAUGUCCACUAUCAAAGCGUUGCGGACAAUUGACCCCACUGGUGUGUUCUUGGAAGCAGUUGGUGAACCAAUUAGGGAUUAUCUGAGAGGUAGAAAAGACACUAUCAAAUGUAUAGUGACAAUGCUAACUGAUGGGUCUGGAGGGAAUGGAAGUGGAACAGGAAAUGCUGGAGAUAAUCUUCUGGAAGAGUUGAACAGAGAUGCUGAAAACCAGGAUAAUGCUGAUUACGAUGAUCAUACAAACAUUGAUGAGAAGCAAGCAUGGUUAAAUUCUGAAAGCUGGGAACCGGAUCCUAUAGAAGCAGACCCAUUGAAAGGCAGCAGGAAUAGAAGGAAAGUCGAUAUACUUGGACUAAUGGUCAGUAUAAUUGGCUCGAAGGACCAACUGGUCAAUGAAUACCGUGUAAUGCUGGCAGAAAAGCUGCUCAACAAAUCCGAUUUCGAUAUAGAUUCAGAUAUCCGCACGCUGGAACUUCUUAAGAUUCAUUUUGGUGAGAGCAGCAUGCAGAAGUGUGAGAUUAUGCUAAAUGACUUGAUUGACUCGAAGAGAACAAACUCGAACAUUAAAACAUCUUUGCUGAAGACAUCUCAAAUUGUUCCCGGGCAAGAGGAGACAGAAAUGUCUCACGAUGUUCUUGAUGCCACAAUAAUAUCGUCCAAUUUUUGGCCACCAAUUCAGACCGAAGACCUUGCUGUUCCUGCUUCAGUUGAUCAGUUGAUGUCUGAUUAUGCAAAAAGAUUCCAUCAGAUAAAAACUCCACGGAAGCUACUGUGGAAGAAAAAUCUUGGAACAGUCAAGUUAGAACUGCAAUUUGAGGAUAGAAGUAUGCAGUUUACUGUAGCUCCUGUUCAUGCUGCGAUCAUAAUGCAAUUUCAAGAAAAAUCGAGUUGGACUUUGAAGGCUCUUGCUACAGAAAUUGGCAUACCUGUGGAAUCUCUUAACAGAAAAAUAAGUUUCUGGACAAGCAAGGGGGUCCUGACAGAAUCCGUGGGUCCCAAUGCCGAUGAUCGCACCUUUACGGUUGUUGAUAGCAUGCCUGAUGUCAACAAAAACAACACUGCCAAUGAACGCUUGGACGAGUAUCAAAUAACUGAGGAAGGUGAAAGUUCUGUGGUCUCUGUUGAGGAACAACUCAAGAAAGAAAUGACAGUCUACGAGAAAUUCAUCAUUGGAAUGCUGACCAACUUUGGAAGCAUGACACUGGACAGGAUACAUAACACUUUAAAGAUGUUCUGUAUAGCGGAGCCGUCAUAUGAUAAAUCACUGCAACAGCUGCAGAGUUUUCUUUCUGGUCUGGUUUCAGAUGAGAAGCUAGAAAUGAGGGAUGGGUCGUACCUGCUAAAGAGGUAGCAGUCAUCUGUGUUAGCAUGUUGAGCUGUUACACUAAAUUUAGGUGGCGGUAAACAAACUAAAUGUAUGUUAUUAUUUGCGCCAUGUCAUCCCGUUCCUGGCAUGUUUGAGUAUCUAGAUCCCUCAGUCCUUGAUGCC